AUGGCUUUCCCCGGCGGCGGUGCGAUGUCUCCUCAAGAGUCGCAAGGCGGAUCCCCAGGCGCGGCGGCGUCUCUGGGCCCUCCGGAUCCUGAGAUGAAGGCUAUGACCAACUUUAUGGAGAACUGCUUUACGAAGAGUAUCAUGUCUGGUGUCAUGGGUUUCGGUAUGGGAGGAUUGUUUGGCAUGUUUAUGGCAUCUAUGUCCUACGACACCCCCUUCCACACAGCGACGACGGCCGGCCAAACGACGGUGACGCCCAUUGCGGACCUACCUCUGCGUCAGCAGCUCCGCGUGGGCUUCAAGGACAUGGGUACGCGGUCAUACAGCAUGGCCAAGAACUUUGGUAAAGUCGGCGCGCUGUUCGCGGGCAUCGAGUGCGGUAUCGAGGGGUUGCGGGCCAAGAACGAUUUGGGUAACGGUGUGGCGGCGGGAUGUCUGACGGGCGGGAUUCUGGCGAAGAAUGCUGGCCCGCAGGCUGCGCUGGGCGGGUGUGUUGCGUUUGCGGCGUUUAGUGCUGCUAUUGAUGCGUACAUGAGGCAGCCGAGCGAUGAGUAA